AUGAAUUCUCUAACUAAUGCUUUUCGAAUAAGUUCCUGUGUCUUUGGAGGAUACAAAAAUAUUCUCCCUGGAAGAUCGACAUGGUUGCGUCCUAUACAAAUAUGCUCGUAUAAGAAAACAGCGGAAGAACGUCUGGGCAUAGAAAAACCUAAACGACCUUUAACACCGUUCUUUAAAUUUAUGGCUCAAAUGAGACCAGCCCUUUUAGCAAAGAAUCCUAGCAUUUCAUCCAAAGAAGCAAUAAGUUGGACUUCAAAACACUGGCAACAGUUAGAUGUAGAGACCAAAACACAAAUGACUAAAGAAUAUGAGAAAGAUCUUGAAGAUUACAAAAAAAUUAAAGAAUUAUAUCAAUCUUCGCUUACUGAACAGCAAAAGGAAGAUAUUAAGAAACUAAAGGAGGAAAUGGCAGCUGCCAAGGAAAAGCGAAAAUUAAAAGCUGAAUAUAAAGAAUUAGGGCGUCCUAAAAAAUCUAUGUCUUCGUACAUCCUGUAUAUGAUGUCUAGAAAAGAUACCUCACAGGCUAACGACUUUAAGAGUUAUCAAGAAAAAGUUAAAGCUGACUGGCUUCAGCUUCCAGAAAGUGAAAGAAAAAAGUAUGAAAAGCAAGCACAAGAGCAAAUGAAUAAAUACAAGAAAGAUUUAGAAGGGUGGGAAAUGAAAAUGAUUUCCAUUGGUCGUUCUGAUCUAGUGCGUCAGAAACCAACUCCCAAAAAGAGGUCAAAAAGUAUUAAGAAUGAAUAG